AUGGCGCAAGCUCAGGGGCCGCACGCCGACCCCCUGCACGAUGCGCCGCUCGAGGAGACGAAGCACUAUGAAAAGUUCAAUACGAUUGACUGGGUCGUCGAUGGGCGCCGUGAGCGCGUAAAAGUCAUGUUCCAGGAGGAGCAAGUCCAGCGCCUUGCAGAGCGCAUGCAGGAGCAGGGCUCUGUCGUGUGGCGCACGCUUGAUAUGGUUGCUGCGCGCCUUCCGCUCAGUACGUAUGUGCGGCACGUAAUGCAGCUACUAGGUGCGUGGACCAGCUCGCUCUUGCGCAAGAUGCACAAAGCGCUGCACGCCGCCGCGGAAAAUGCGCUUGUGAUUCUCGUGGGCCUGCUGAUUGGGAUCAACAUGGCGAUCAUUAGCGUGGUGACCGAGUGGGCUUCAGAUCUGCGGCGUGGGUACUGCUCGUCAGCUUGGUGGCUCAACCAAAAGUUUUGCUGCUGGGCGCAGCUUGAUCCCGCAGGUCCGGGCGGCUCGCAGGUCCCGAAGCAUGUGGCUGCCGCGGCGCAGGCAGCGAGCGGCGGGGCGAUGCACACUGUUGUAGAUUUGGCUUCGCGGAUGUUGAUCCGCGAAGCGAAUGCCACCACCGCAGCCGCGCCGGAAGUGUCGUGUACGGAAUGGGUCGUUUGGUCGCACUGGUCGCUGUUGUAUUGGGCCGUGUACGUAUCGAGUGCUGGCCUAUUUGUCGGCGUUUCCGCCUACUUUGUCAAGCACUAUGCAUCCUAUGCGGCUGGGAGCGGGAUCAGCGAAAUCAAAUGCGUUCUCUCUGGCUUCAACAUCCGCGGCUUUCUCUCCCUUGGCACGCUCGUGAUCAAGAGUCUCGGGCUGCCGCUUGUGAUUGCGUCUGGGCUGAGCGUUGGCAAGGAAGGACCGGCUGUGCACAUGGCAUGCUGUAUCGGGAACGUGGUCGCGACCUUGUUGCAUCGACUUGUCCCUAGCGAAUCAAAAACCCGCGAGCUGCUCACCGCCGCAAGUGCCGCUGGCGUCGCUGUUGCGUUUGGCUCGCCCAUUGGCGGCGUGCUUUUUGCCCUCGAGGAGAUGACCAGCCAUUUUCCAGCGUCGACCAUGUGGCGCUCGUUUCUAUGUGCGCUCGCCAGCACGGUGGCCUUGUCAUUUAUGAAUCCGUACCGCACGGGCAAGCUCGUCCUCUUCCAGGUCGAGUACAACCACGAGUGGCAUUACUUUGAGCUUGUAUUUCACGUGGUGAUCGGGAUUGCCGGUGGGCUGUACGGUGAGUAUGUGGUGCGCUACUACCUCCAAGUGCAGCGCUUUCGGCGCAAGCGUCUAAGCGAAUUCGUGGUGAUAGAGGCGGUCGUCCUUGCGACGCUUACCGCCCUCGUCUCCUACUGGAAUCGGUUUCUCUUCCUGGACAUGAGCGAGUCGCUCGCGAUUCUUUUUCAGCAGUGCGAAGGCGCGAGCGAGACGGAUGUACUGUGCCAGAAGAAGCACGAGUGGCCCAUGGCUUUUUCGCUCCUGGUCGCGACGCUGGUGCGCUUUGUUUUCGUCGCUCUUUCCUAUGGAUGCAAAGUGCCUGCAGGGAUUUUCGUGCCGUCCAUGGCAAUCGGCGCCACGUUUGGACGCAUGGUGGGCAUACUUGUCAAGGCGCUCCAAACAGCGCAUCCAACGUGGAACAUCUUUUCUGCGUGCCCUGCCGAGGGUGCUUGCAUCACGCCAGGCACAUAUGCCAUGCUUGGUGCCGCUGCUGCAAUGGCAGGCGUCACAAGAAUCACCGUGGCGGUGGUGGUCAUCAUGUUCGAGCUCACCGGCGCGCUCACCUACGUCCUCCCUACUAUGCUCGUUGUCGGUACGGCCAAGUUGGUUGCGGACUUGCACGGGCACGGCGGCGUCUCAGACCGCUCGAUCAAGUUCAACGGGUACCCUUACCUCGAAAAAGACGAGCAGGUAUUUGGGAUCGACGUAGGCGCAAUCAUGACGCGCAAACCGGCAAUGCUCUAUGCCAAUGGGAUGAAUCUCGACGCGCUCUACGCACGUCUUGCACACGGCUCCUACAAAGGAUUCCCUGUGGUGCGCAGCGCAGAAGAUCCGACCCUGGUUGGGUACGCUUCGCGACGCGAUGUACGGUACACGCUGCAGAAUUUACGGCACACACAGGCGAUGCAGCACAGUACGCAGUGCCUCUUCACGCCGCACGGUGCCGAAGCAUUUGCACUGAACAGCGCUGUAAUUCAGGACGACGCUGUUCGAACGAGUGCCGCGCCGUACGACGUCUGGAAUCGGUUCUGGCAGCAGCAGCAGCAGCAGCCUACAGAGGAGGAGUUUGAAAUGCCGCCAGCGAUGACGGACACGGUGCGAACCGUCGACUUGGGCGUUUGCGUCGAUCCCACACCAUUGAUUGUCCAGGCGGAGCUCGAUCUCGAGGUGGUGGCAGAUAUGUUCAAAAGUAUGGGGCCGCGUGUGAUUCUUGUUGUGGAGCGGGGAGGCCUGCGUGGUAUGGUGACAAUCAAGGAUCUCCUGCGGCAUGUCGCUUCCAAAGAGCAUGCAGAACUUCGCGCGCGUGAUCUUGCACUGCCGACACAGGGUUCAGACGACGAAGGUGUGGCAUCUGUCGAUUUUGGGAUCGGUACGGGAAAUGUCGAGGUUGCGCUCGACUGUGCAUGGGUGUGGCUCCUUAGGCAGUGCAGCGCUCUCCAGCUUCCCGCUUGGCUGCACCGCAAUACCGCACGGCAGCCUGAUCAUGCCCCGCUCGAGCCCAUUUAUGAGGCCGAGGAGUUUCACGGGCCGGACACGCCGUAG